GUCGUUGUCUGUGACGCAGCUCCGCGUUCACGCUGUAGGAAGUAAAUAGUGUCGCUUGAGGUGCCGAAACGAUUAGAAAACAACGUGCGUUCAGAGUUAAAUUACAUUACAUAUCGCGCAUGUCUGUUCGUUGAACGCCACCAUGUUGGCGACGCUGUCGAGGGCUAAGAGCGUACGGCGGCUCGCUGUGGACAUGCGAUCAUAUUACAUGGUCGGGACGGAGGUCAGGAGAAGCGAGAGCCGCAGCGGUUGUUCCGCAGCAGCGGCGGCGGCAGUAGCAGCCGCGUGGAGGCGCAGAGUCCCCGGUGGGGUCAGAGGGGUCAGCACCUCCUGUCCGCUGAGCUCCAAGGCCCGAGGACACCAGAAGAUAGAGCUGUCCGAAAAGAAGCUGACCCGGUACUUUGUGGACCAGCGUCGCGUGAAGCUGAUGGCCGGUUCAGGCGGUAAAGGGGCCUCCAGCUUUCACAGCGAGCCCCGAAAAGAGUGGGGCGGACCGGAUGGAGGGAACGGAGGUGAUGGAGCAAGCAUCGUUAUCAAAGCGGACAAGUUUGUCAAAUCGUUGGCGCAAGUGGUUCCGAUCUACAAGGGAGAGGACGGGCAUUCUGGGGGGAACAAGAACUGUUACGGCAAGAACGGCGUCCAAUCGUAUAUUCGGGUACCAAUGGGCACCGUUGUGAAGGAACACGAAGAGAUGGUGGUGGACCUCUCCGAGCACGGCCAGGAGUACCUGGCCGUAUUCGGAGGGGCCGGUGGGAAGGGGAACCGCUUCUUUCUCACCAAUGAGAACCGCGCCCCGAUGAACACGACCCCAGGAGCGACGGGCGAGGAGAGGGUCCUCCAGCUGGAGCUCCGCACCAUGGCCCACGCCGGCCUGGUGGGGUUUCCUAACGCUGGUAAAUCGUCCCUGCUGAGAGCCAUCUCCAAUGCUCGGCCUGCGGUGGCCGCGUACCCUUUUACCACGCUCAAUCCACAUGUGGGAAUCGUCAACUACAGGGAUCACGAGCAAGUUGCAGUUGCCGACAUCCCGGGCAUCGUCCGAGGGGCCCAUCUCAAUCGAGGCCUCGGCAUCGCGUUCCUGCGGCACAUCGAGCGAUGCCCUUUCCUCCUCUACGUUCUGGACAUGUCCACUCCGGAGCCCUGGGUCCAGCUUCAGCACUUGCAUUACGAACUGGACCAGUACGAGCCCGGUCUCUCCCAGCGGCCUCAGGCCAUCGUGGCCAACAAGAUGGACCUGCCCGGGGCCCGGGAGAAGAUCGAGGCCCUGACGAGCCGCGUCACCCAGCGGGUCAUCCCCGUGUCGGCUCUCACGGGUCAGAACACGGAGGAGCUCAUCCUCCACCUCAGAGAGCUGUAUGACGGCUACCUCUGUGGGGUGAGCAAACCCACCAGGUGGUAGUAAAAAGGGACAUUUUUAUGAUGAAUAUAUUUAUACUAGAAUGUAUUUAAAUUGCAAAAUAAAUAUAUAAACAAACAAAAAAUUCAA